UGGCCCGUCCUUUGUCUAUCGUACACGUUUAAGUGGUACAUUUUCUAGUGCUAAUUUAGUUUCCUAUAAUCGCCGCUGCGACAGUGGCGCCAUUAUUUUCUUUAUAUUUAGGGUGUGUUUUCAUGAAUACCUCAUUCUGCUGCAAUUCGUCCUAAGGUGAACAUCCGACCCGAACGCUAAAGUGGGUGUGACAUUGAAGUGAAAAUUGGUGUUCAUUGUAUGCUCCCGAUUUCCUGCUACCGCACAGAGAAUAACUAAAUAAAUAUCUAUACUUUUAUUCGGCGUCUAUAAUUCGCGAGAAACAGUGUGAAACAUACCGAAUAAAGUUAUCGAUUGCGACUAUUUUCCGCGGCGAAAACUAAGUUUCCGGCGACGUCUCGCACAUUACAACAAAACGUUAAAAACCAGGAGUACCCGUUUUCGCCGAGAUGGCGUUCAUGAUGCCAGUUGUGAAGAACGAUUGGGACAUAUACAACUCCCAGCGGAGUCGGAGGACUUCGGAGUCCACGGAGAAGGCUCAGAUCGGUGGUCGGGUGCGGAAGAUCUCCGAGUCGCGAUCCGAGGGCCCCGUGUUUACCCCGCGGCCCGCGCUCAGCCCGCACCGCAGCGCGCCCGCCAUGCGCUCCCUCUCCUACUGCCGGGUGCCACCUUCGCGGACGUCCCUGCGGCUUCAGGACCACAAGGGCUCGGGUAGCCCGCCGCACCACAAGGAGGAGAAGUUCCACAGCAGGGCGCGCGCGGACUCUCCCCAGCGGCACUCGCGCUGCGGGGCCUGCAUGCCCUACCUGUGACGGCCCCGGCGCGGGCCCCGACGCGGGCCCCGGUGCGGGCCCCGGCGGAGGCCCCGGCGCGCCGCACGUCUGUGAUACGAAAGUGGACACCAGUUGAGUACCGAAUGUCUUAACAGCCUGACAGAGAAUUUUUGUUUCUUCGAUAGUUUAGUCUCGCUUCCUAACAUCGGUCGCAUGCGAGGAUCGAGUCCGAAUGUAAGACUGCGUUUAGGCUAGGCGUAGGUGUGGAGCUAGGCGAGUAGAUUAGUUUUGUCGACCUCGAACAUGGGGGCGAAUUGCGAUUGGUAUCUGUGAUUAAUUUACUUGUAAGCUAUUAUUUAUUACGCAGGGUAGAGUAGACGGCGCUAAAUAUUGUGACAGUAUUAUUUGAUUUCCGUGGACGAGAUUUAAGUUUAAUUGUAGUUUUUGAGAAAGCGAGGGAGUAGAUUGAAAGAAUAGUCGGCGUUUGAGAUACCAAAUUAUUGUAAAAAUGAAAGUGCGGCCCAAGUAAUGUAAUAUGUAAUCUUCGUUAUCUAAUGUGUAUUUUAUGUGAUGUUAACUUUAAACUAGCUACUAAUGUUGUCAGUGAAACUGAAUCGAUGACUUUAAUAUUUUGUAAGGACCAUAAUUAAGGCUAAGUAUUGAAGGUAUUUUUGCAGCAAUUUUUAUAAGCGAUUAGCGAAAUUCUAAAUUCUAAAGUUGUGAAAACGCUGAUUAUUUUCAGGAAAUUUUAGACAAAUUGUUUUUAAAUUCGAAAUUUGUAUUUUUUCUGCCGACUCUAUGUAGAGACUGCAUGUAAGUUCCUUACCUCCGAAUACUGCCAUGAAUGACUUGACUGUUAACUGGUGAAAUCUGCAUGUAUUGUGUCUGAUCUGAUGUAUCAUGUAACUUGAAAUAUACUUACAGCUUACUUAUA